GCUGCUGCUGUUGCCAUGACAACAUACACAACGUUUUCAACAUGGCGUCCUUUUUACCUGAAAUUUUGUUUGAAAUCUGUGGACAAGCUCCUUCACCUGUUAAGGACUUUUACUGUUUAGUGAUCAGCAAAUCAGAUGUGAUCUUGAGAUGGUGGAAGAUAUCUCUGAGAAAUGAAGCCAGGAAUGCAAGGCCCGGACAGCAGAGGGAGUCACACCAGGACUACCUGGAUGACAGUCAGCUGCAGAGUCAGGUCAGUAUGAUUUUUGGUCAUCGAAUCUUGGAGUACACCCGGGCUUUGUGUCAAGGCCAUUAUGAUUACCUGGAGCGCCUGCCUGAGCCCUUGCUGCUCCGCAUAUUAAUGUAUCUGGAGCUGGAGGAAGUUGGACAGCUCGGACGAACCUCGCACAGGUUCAGACAGCUGUGUGGGUCAGAGGAGUUUUGGGAGAAGGCUGUGCGGAGACACUGUGACACAGUUUCAGCUGAAGUGUCAGCCCUGGCCCUGGAGGUGGGAUGGCAGAAUAUCUUCUUCACCAGCAAACUGCAGAUACAGAAGCAGAUCAGCCGCCGGAGGCUGAGAACCGAGCAGCAGCAGGAAAGAAAGAUCUGUGACUCAGAUAAUAAGGCAGAGGUAACAAGCCUGCGCUCCUGCACAGAGUCUCCUGGGGAAAACCCAGAGACAGACACAGAGAUCCACCGUGCUGAGGCUGAACCUCACCCUGGCAUUAUCCUUGAUCCAAGUGCUGGCACUAGCUCUGGCCUUGACACUAACACUAGCCCCUGCUGUGAUAGUGACCCUGUCCCUAACCCUGAAUUGGAGGCUGGCUCUCUUUCAAGUGUUAACUGUGUCCUGGUGUGUGACCAGCUGUGUGAAGACCUAAAGCGCUGUGUGGUAGCAACACCAGCUCAGGGUGUGAGUAAUGGUGGCCCCAAUGGCAAAGGAGAUUGUAAUGUAGAUUUAACAAAGGUACUGUAAUGAGGCUUUUGUCAGAUUUAAAUAUUUUUGAUUGCCACUUAUAUUUCUGACCUUGCCAACUAAUAGCUGUUACUUAGUCACUGUUCAUCAAUAUUUUGUAGCGUUUUGCAUUUGAGCAUGAUACAAAGAAUGGAGUGACUUCAUUGUGCCAUGACUUGAUGUGAGAUAGCAUAUAAAAAAUCUCAGUCAUGAUUUUGCAGAUUGCAUUAAUUAUUCAUUGUGCUGACAAAGCAAUUUUUAAUGGCAUUUUGUUCAAAGACUGUCUGCCUAUGUCCAUUCUAUAACUAAAGUGUUUAUGUGAAAAUUUCAAUAAAAUAAUCUA